GAAUCAUUCAGUUGGAUUCUGAUUACAUCGUUAUUUACUAUUUACUUUUUUGUUUAUCUUUAUUUAAAAUAUGACGAGCACUAUUAGCGAGACAAAGCUCAAGGAGUACUACGAUGUUGCACUAGAUCUGGUCAUUAAAUGUGGCCCAAUAUUUGAGGAAGGCUAUAAUAAGAUCAAAAAAGAGGUUACGGUGAAGUCUGACUUCUAUGACUUUGUCACUGUUUACGAUCGACAAAUUGAGGAAAAAUUAACUGAAGGUUUACUCAAAGCCUUUCCUGAAUCGCGUUUCAUAGGCGAAGAAUCUUUGGCUGCAUCAAAGGAGAUGCCAGAACUGACAGAUGCGCCUACGUGGAUCAUAGAUCCCAUUGAUGGCACCACAAAUUAUAUACAUAGAUUUCCACAUUGUGGCAUUUCAGUUGCUUUAGCGGUUCAUAAGCAAUUGGUAGUGGGAAUUAUCUACAAUCCGGCGGCAAAUGAACUUUAUACGAGCAGAAAAGGUCAUGGAGCAUAUUUGAAUGGGCAACCUAUUCAAGUAUCUGGAGCAACUACGUUAUCCAACUCUGUGAUUGGUCAUGAAAUUACGCUUAUAAAUAAUGCAUCUUGGCGGGAUAAAAACAUCAAGCGUGUCUAUAAACUGGGCUCCGUUGCCGCUGGCACACGUUGCCUAGCUACCGCUGCUCUGUCUCUGGCCUACGUGGCCAAGGGCACACUGGACACCUAUCACGUGGACAAUUUAAAGCCCUGGGAUGUGGCAGCAGGAGUAUUAUUGGUCCGCGAAGCUGGCGGCAUUGUGCAUGACACAAAUGGCAGCGAGUUUAAUGUGAUGCAACCAAAUCUUGUGGCAGCUGGCAAGGAUUCGCUUGCCCAGGAGGUAAUACAACUUAUCAGAGAGGCGGAUCAGAUCAACGACUAUACAUUCACAUAGAUUAAGAUUAAGAGCUUAAUGCUGCACUUACAUUGGGCGGCAUGCCAUGUGUUUGAUAUCCAAUCGGUGACAUAUUCGGUCCGCUUGGCGGCAUUUGCAUUCCCAUAUGCGGCGCUGUAAACGAAUUGUAAACAAAUAUUAGUGAUGACAAUAAAGAUUUGCAUUUUGUAUACGCAUA